GCAGCCCAACAUGGCAAUUUCAGAAACUGUGCAGAGCGCCUUAUUUGUAGGAGACGACCACGACCAGCAGUUGAUUCGCCUCCCAAUUCGAGCUGCCGAAGCUUCCCAGUCGAAACGAAGGCGGCGUUCUCGUCGCCGCGACCCGCCGACCGAGAGAAGUCGACUCCUAUGGAAAGUCGACGAGCACGACCGAUUCCUCGAGGCACUUGAGCUCUACCCGGCCGGACCCUGGAAAGCGAUCGCAGACUACAUCGGGACGCGAACGGCACGUCAGACCAUGACACAUGCUCAAAAAUAUCGACAGAAGAUCGAGCGGCGGAAAUUGAAAACACGCAAAAAGAGCAUCGAUCCUUCUAACGACACGUCUUCGGAAGAAGAGAUCAUCAGCUCACCAAGAGAAAAGCUGAGAGCUACAGCAACAAUUAGUCUGCAGGACGAAGCCACAGAAUUCUCGGUGCUGUUGGAGUUCGUGAACAGCUUUCAGCCAAGCGAGAUCGAGCGGCCAACUCCUCUUCUGCACUUCGCGGAUUGUGCUUUAUGGUGAUUUCUACUAAAAUCUCACACCACAGGUGAACUGGGUUUACCGACGGUCGGUAAACCUCGUUGACUUUUAGGAUAAAUCACGAACGUAACUUGUAAACAGUGUUGUUUCCCCAAAGAUAUAUAACUCCAGCAUGUUGGUG